AUGCGUGAUUCAGCCAUCAUGGCAGACUUCAGGAUUCUUUGCGUUUCCCUUUUACUAAUGUUUGUAACGACUUGUCAAGGCUACUUCAUAUCUGUAGAUGCUCAUGAAGAGGUUUGCUUUCAUGACCGCGUAUCUUCUGGAACCAAACUAGGUCUGACGUUUGAAGUAAUUGAGGGAGGAUUUCUCGACAUAGAUGUAAAGAUCACUGGCCCGGAUGAUAAGAUUAUCUAUUCGGGAGAGAGAGAGUCUAACGGCAAAUAUACAGUGGCUGCUCACAUGGACGGCGUAUUCAAAUACUGCUUUAGUAAUAUGAUGUCUAGUAUGACGCCUAAGACGGUCAUGUUCUCUGUGGACGUUGGAGAUGCACCCAAGGAUGCGGAUGACACUGAGACUCAUCAUAACAAGUUAGAACAGAUGGUUGAAGAGUUAUCUGUAGCACUUACCGGAGUCAAGCAUGAACAAGAGUACAUGGAAGUGAGAGAACGAAUACACCGCCACAUCAAUGAUAAUACAAAUUCACGUGUUGUCUGGUGGUCAUUUUUUGAAGCUCUCUUGCUGGUCAUCAUGACAGUAGGACAGAUCUACUAUCUACGACGUUUCUUUGAAGUGAAGCGUGUAGUUUAAUGAUUGCAGCAUAUAUGUAGCUUGGAAAGUGAACUUUGAUUAUCAGUGAAUUUGAGCAAAACGUUCAGUGUAA